GCAGCGCUGCAGUCGACGAAUGUCUGUAUUUCUCUCUACAGAAACAUUCAACUGAAUCCAGCUGUUUUUUCUCCACAACAACAAACACACACAGAGUGUAGACAUGGCUGCUGCCAGCUGUCUGCUGACUGAAGAUCAGUUCCUGUGCUCCAUCUGUCUGGAAGUGUUCACUGAUCCAGUCACCAUACCAUGUGGACACAACUUCUGUAAAACCUGCAUCACUGAACACUGGGAUAUUAAGGUCCCAAGUCAGUGUCCGAAUUGUAAUAAGGCUUUCAACACAAGACCUGAGCUGCAUGUCAACACUUUGUUUUCCGAGAUGGCUGCUCGGUACAGACAGUCAGCUCAACAGAAACCAAAAGAAGUUCCGUGUGAAGUCUACUCAGGAACCAAACUGAAGGCCUUGGUGUUCUUCCUGGUGUGUCUGAUGUUUGUCUUGGUGCUCUGGAUGGUUUUAGACCACAAGAAAUAUGUUGUUGUUCUUCUGAAAGAAGAAUAUGAAGGAAAGAAGGCAGAGCUGGAGAAGACAAAGGCAGAAACUCAGCAGAUGAUCCAGACGAGACAACUGAAGAUUGAGGAGAUCAAACGCUCAGUAGAGCUCAGUAAGGAAGGUGCAGACAGAGAGAUAGCAGAUGGUGUUCAGGUCUUCACCGCUCUGAAGGAGUCUGUUGAGAGAAGCCUGAACAAGCUCAUCAACACGAUCAAAGAGAAGCAGAAAAAGACAGAGAAACAGGCUGAAGGCUUCAUUAAAGAGCUGGAACAGGAAAUCUCUGAGCUGAAGAAGAGAAGCGCUGAGUUGGAGCAGCUCUCACACUCUGAAGCCCACCUCCACCUCAUCCAAAGCUCCCUUCCCCUUAACAUUACUCCACCCACCACGGACUGGACAGAAGUCAGUGACCAUCCACCUUCAUUUGAGGGGACAGUGAGGAGAGCUGUGAAUCAGCUGGAGGAGAUACUUAAUGAGGAGAUGACUAACCUGCUUUUUGCCGAGCUGAAGAGGGUCCAGCAGUAUGCAGUGGAUGUGACACUAGAUCCUGAUACAGCACAAAGCUGGCUCAUUGUUUCUGUUGAUGGAAAACAAGUACAUGAUGAUGAUGAAUGGACAGAUGUCCCAAACAAUCCUGAGAGAUUUGAUAUUUGUUUUUGUGUCUUAGCAGAGCAGAGUUUCUCUUCAGGGAGAUUUUAUUUUGAGGUUCAGGUUAAAGGAAAGACUGACUGGGAUUUAGGAGUGGCCAGAGAGUCGAUCAAGAGGAAGGGAAAAAUCAUACAGAUUCCUCAGAAAGGUUACUGGACGAUAUCUUUAAGAAAUGUAAAUGAGUAUAAAGCUCGUGCUGACCCUGAUGUCCAUCUCUCUCUGAAGUCUCGGCCUGAGAAGGUGGGGGUGUUUGUGGACUAUGAGGAGGGUGUGGUUUCCUUUUAUGACGUAGAUGCUACAGCUCUUAUCUACUCAUUUACCGGCUGCUGCUUCACUGAGAAACUUUAUCCAUUCUUCAGUCCUGGUGCUUCCAGUGAUGGUAAGAACUCUGCCCCUGUGAUCAUCUCUCCUGUCAAUGACACUGAGUAGAACAACCAUAAAGAUUUUUUCCUCAGCAAGAUUCACUAUCAUUCCAUAUAAUUAAUGUUAAUUUAUUGUUGACAUAAAGUGUAUCCAUUGCUUUUAUUGUAGAUUCUGAUCAAUGUGGGUUUUUUUCCUUUUUUCCUGUAAAUGUUUUUCUUUAAUAUUUUACAUUGUCAUUCACUACUUCAACCAGGGCUUGACAUUAUUACCUAACAAAUGCAGGUAGAAAUGGUCAGUGUAACAGAGUCACUCUUUCUAACCACUUUGGCGGGUGUAUAUACUGUCCAUAAAGACCCUUUUCGGGCCGAUGUCACAAAGGCGUCAUUUUAUUAGCUGGAGGAAAAACACGACUCGGGCUGUAGGCUACAUAGGAGUCUAA